AGCUGCUAGGUAUAACGUCCCAAUCGCGCUUCGUGGCAGACAAAUAUACAAAUCAUCAAUACAUCAUCAUAAUUUUUUAAAUAAUCAAUCUAUCAAUCUUACUACAGAGAGACCCUAAUCCCAAACUUUCCUGCAGCUAUAUCCUUCUCUCCCUCUCCGAUGCCAAACCUCCCCCCCCUCUCUCGAUCGCCUCCGUUAAUGUUACAAUUAUAUGGACAGCUUCGGCGUCGGCGAUUCUCCGAAAUUACCGCCGGAUAAGGAGAGAGAUGUGGAGUCGCCAUGGCCGCCGGCCGUGGAGGAGGCGGAGUGUUUCUCCAAUGUCCGGCUCACAGACGCUCCCAUACUUUUGCUUGUUCAUUUCCACAAGGCACUGCGGGCGGAGAUAGCUGACCUCCGCCGUCUGGCAGUCACGGCCUCCGAGGCUGAGAGUGAGGCUCGUCGACCCGAGCUGGUAGUUGAGCUCCGUCGAAGAUUCGAUUUUCUCAAACUUGCGUAUAAGUAUCACACAGCUACCGAAGAUGAGGUUAUCUUUCUUGCAUUAGAUACCUGCAUUAAAAAUGUUGCCCGUACAUAUUCGCUUGAGCAUGAAAGCAUCCAUGACCUCUUUGGAACUAUUUUUCAUUGGUUGGACCGAUUGGAGGAAAAUAAAAGUGGUUUGAAGCCCUUCCAGGAACUUGUAGUUUGCAUCGGCACCAUGCAGUCCUCCAUUUGUCAGCAUAUGCUGAAAGAAGAAGAGCAGGUUUUUCCUUUGCUUAUGCAGCAGUUCUCUCCCAGUGAACAGGCUUCACUUGUGUGGCAGUUCAUUUGCAGCGUCCCUGUGAUUGUGCUGGAGGAUUUGUUGCCAUGGAUGUACUCCUUUUUUUGUCCAGAAAAACAAGUGGAGACUGUACAAUGCAUCAGACAAAUGGUACCCAAGGAAGAAUCAUUGCAAGAGGUGGUAAUUUCUUGGCUCCUUAAAAAUGAUCAAUCCUCUCCUAGGGCUUGCAUCAGUAUUAGACAAGGAAAUCAGGAUGUAACCAACAAGAUGAAAAGCACACUGCAAUUGCAAUCCUCUAAGAGGCUUUUGGAACAAAAUCAACAAAGAAGGAAACAUUGUGUCCAAACUGACGUUGGAAAAAGUCUGGUUGAUUAUCUACAUCUUUGGCAUGUUGCCAUCCAGAAAGAGUGGAAAGAAAUUUUGGAAGAGUUGUAUCAGAUUAGAACCUUAAUCAGUGCUUUAACUGUAGAUUCAAUACUCUUCAGGCUGAAAUUUCUCGCUGAUGUGAUUAUCUUUUACAGCAUUGCAUUGAAGAGGUUCUUUUACCCUGUGUUAAAGCUUGCGAACAAACACAUGUUCCCUUCCUCCAGUGAGCAGUCCUCCAUUGAAAAUCACAUAGAAAGCCUACACAAGUUGCUGUAUUGUCAAAAGGGCUUACCAUCGUGCAAGUUUGUAGAGAAGCUUUGCCAAGAAAUGAAAUCUUUGGCGAUGGAUCUUACCAAACAAUUUAUUUUUUAUGAAACCGAGGUAUUUCCCUUUAUUAGCAACAACUGCAGCCUUGAAACACAGCUGCAGAUUUUGUACAUGAGCCUUCAUGUUAUGCCACUGGGGUUACUGAAGUGUGCAAUCACUUGGUUUGCAAUUCACUUGUCUAAAAAUGAAUCCAGGUCCAUUCUUGAUAGCAUGAAUUUGGGGGAUGUUUUAGCCAACAAAUCUUUCACUUUCCUUUUACUUGAGUGGUUCCACAUUGGUUAUUCAGGCAAAACCUCCAUGGAAAAUUUCUGCAAGGAUUUGGAGAAAGUGUUCAGGAGCAGAUAUUCUAUUCUACCUGAGCAAAUCAAGGAUGUAGUUUCCUUAUCCUCACAGACUCAGACUUGUAAAGAAUCUAAAUCUAAUAAUAUAGAACCGGUCUCUGCGAACAAGGGUAAAAAUUUUAUUUCUUAUGCUUUAUCUCCUGGUUCCCACAGAGUUAAGGCAUGUGACACAUCCUACACUAGCGAAAUAAAUCUGCACAUAUUUUUUCCUGGAACAUUAUGGGCAUCGGAUGCUUUUCUUAAAUUGCCUGGUGGAGAGAGUUCUGCAGCUCCAACUAUCAAUCAACCAAUACCGAUGGAUUUCAUUUUUUUCUUCCACAAGGCUCUCAUGAAAGACUUGGAAGACCUUGUCUUUGGUUCGGUUAAACUAGCUGAAAACAUCGGAUUCCUAACAGAGUUCCACCGACACUUCCAUCUCCUGCAGUUUUGGUAUCAAUUCCAUAGUGAUGCAGAGGAUGAAAUUGUCUUUCCAGCCCUGGAAGCUAAGGAAGAAGUUCGAAACAUUAGCCGCUCCUACACCAUUGACCACAAGCUUGAAGUUGAAUACUUUAAUGAAGUUAGCCACUUGUUAGAUAAGAUGUCUGAAUUGCACAUUUCCGCUUCUACUGAUGAUUUGGAAAAGCAGGAUCGGAUACUGGUGAAACACAAUCGACUAUGUAUGAAACUCCAUUAUACAUGCAAGUCAAUGCAUAAAUUAUUGUCUGACCAUGUUCAUCGAGAAGAAGUUGAACUUUGGCCCAUGUUUAGAGAAUGCUUCUCCAUCCAAGAGCAAGAAAAGAUCAUUGGACGCAUGCUAGGGAACAUUAAAGCCGAAACGUUACAAGAUAUGAUACCCUGGCUUCUUGGUUCUUUAACACCUGAGGAACAACGUGAAAUGAUGUCUUUAUGGCGUAAUGUGACAAAAAAUACAAUGUUUGAUGACUGGUUGCGAGAAUGGUGGGAAGGGUAUGACAUAGCUCAUGUGGCAACGGAGUUGAAUACUUCAUGUACUACUGAUCCUCUGGAUAUUAUUGCAAGAUAUCUGCCAACAGAAGCCCUUGACAAACAAGUUGAUGAUCUCUAUGAUACCAUUGAGUUUUCACAAAGAGACUUUUAUAGUGUUAAUAUUGAGAAGCAAGAAGAAGAAAGUUUCGAUGAUAAAGUAAAUAUACAUAAUGGAGAUCGAAACAAUGAUGAAUGUUCAGAAUGUAAAAAACUACUUUGCGAGGGUGACAAGGAGAGAUUUAAUGAAGUUUCUAAUCUUACAAAUAAGACUGAUAAACCAGGCCAGCCUUUUCAAUUAACUCUGAAGUCCAAGUAUCACGAGCGGCUUCUGAAAAUGAGUCAGGACGAUAUGGAGGCAGCAAUAAGAAGAGUAUCUCGCGAAUCAUCCUUGGAUCAUCAGAAGAAAUCAUUCAUAAUCCAGAACCUGAUAAUGAGCCGUUGGAUUGUUCAUCAAAAGAUAUCUCAUACAGAAGUAACCAUCUCAAGUAAUGGUGGGGAAGAAAUUCCAGGUCAGCAUCCAUCUUAUCGGGAUUCUCCUGAACCAAUCCUGGGUUGCAAACACUAUAAAAGAAACUGUAAGCUUGUCAUGCCUUGUUGUAACAAGAUUUAUACGUGCAUACGUUGCCAUGAUGAGUUGGCUGAUCAUUCAACUGAUAGGAGAGCUAUUACAAAGAUGAUGUGCAUGAAAUGCUUGAUUAUACAGCCAAUUGGAGAAACAUGCUCAACUGUCUCCUGUAAUAAUUUAUCGAUGGGAAGAUACUAUUGCAGGAUCUGCAAAUUGCUUGAUGAUGAAAGGGAAAUCUACCACUGCCCUUACUGUAACCUCUGCCGAGUGGGGAAGGGAUUGGGCAUCGAUUACUUUCACUGCAUGAAUUGCAAUGCCUGCAUGGCAAGGUCUCUUUCCGUUCAUGUAUGCAGAGAAAAAUGUCUGGAGGACAACUGUCCAAUUUGCCAUGAAUACAUUUUCACAUCAAGCACUCCUGUGAAAGCCCUUUAUUGUGGUCAUUUGAUGCACUCAACAUGUUUUCAGGAAUAUACUUGUACUCACUACACCUGCCCAAUCUGUAGCAAGUCACUUGGAGACAUGCAGGUGUACUUUCAGAUGUUGGAUGCAUUACUGGCUGAAGAAAAAAUUCCAGAUGAAUACUCUGGACAAACUCAGGGAUUGCAGUUUAUACUCUGUAAUGACUGUGAGAAGAAAGGAGCUGCUCGUUUCCAUUGGCUAUAUCGCAAAUGCCCAUACUGUGGCUCAUACAACACCAGGCUUCUAUGACUCUUGUUGAUGCAAAGUGAGUGUCAACAAUUUCUUUCCUCAAGAUACCGCAUGGAAUGAUGAGCUUGUUUAUAAUUGUUUCUGUCACUUGCAUUAGAUGAGAGUGAUAAUAAUUUUGUUGCAGCUUCAUAACUUGCUCUAAGGUAGUCUUUCUUCGAUGAGAUAUGUAGUAAUCCAAAAUUCUUUGCUAAAAAGAAUAGCCGUUUUUUUCAA